GGAAUCCCCGUCCCCCCCCCCCCCCCCCCCCGCCCGCCGCCGAUCCUCGCCCGAUGACCGAUCGCUCGGCCCCCAAGCAGCCGCCGCGCCCGGCCCCGCCCCAGCCGAAGCUGCAGGGCCCCCUCGACCGCCAGUUCCCCUUCUCCUCCGUGAAGCCGCCCUUCGUCGCUCCCCCCGACUACCAUCGCUUCUCCUCCCCCGAGGCGCCGCCGCGCAGGGUCGCUGAUCACGAGGCCGACGCUCUUCUGGUUCGAUCCCCGCAACUGAAGCGGAAAAGUGACACAGUAGAUGGCAAGGCAGAGCAAAACGAUUGGUCAGCUGGAGCUGGUUAUGCUGAAGUUGUCAGUAGUCCCGUUCAGACGCCUGUAUCAGGAAAAACAGCGAAGGGAAAUAAAACUUCAAGGAUCACAAAGAACAAUAGAUUAGGACCUCAAACUCCUAUCUCAAAUGCUGGUUCUCCAUCUGGCAAUAAUCUUACUCCAGCUGGUCCAUGUCGUUAUGACAGCUCUCUAGGUCUUUUAACAAAGAAGUUUAUCAAUCUGAUAAAACGUGCUGAAGAUGGUGUUCUUGAUCUAAAUAAAGCUGCUGAGACUUUAGAGGUGCAAAAGAGGCGAAUAUAUGACAUAACAAAUGUCCUUGAAGGCAUUGGGCUUAUUGAGAAGAAACUGAAGAACAGAAUUCAGUGGAAGGGACUGGAGGCUACAAGGCCAGGGGAGAUUGACGAAAGUGUCACUAGCUUACAGGCACAAGUUGAAAGCCUUGUGGUGGAGGAACAUAGGCUGGAUGAACAAAUAAGAGAAAUGCAGGAGAGAUUGAGGGAUCUCAGCGAAGAUGAUAACAAUAAAAGGUUGCUUUUUAUUACUGAAGACGACAUCAAGGCAUUACCAUGCUUCCAGAAUGAAACUCUCAUAGCAAUAAAAGCUCCCCAUGGUACAACUCUAGAAGUUCCAGAUCCUGAUGAGGCGGUUGACUAUCCCCAAAGAAGAUAUAGGAUUGUCCUCAGGAGCACAAUGGGUCCUAUAGACGUUUAUCUUGUUAGUCAAUUUGAAGAGAGGUUUGAGGAGAUUAAUGGCGGCGAGGCAACUCCAAGCGUUCAACCAAGAGUUAACGAGAAAUCAGCGACAACUAUGGCCCAGGAAGACUGCAGCAGACAGCAAAAUGAAAUGCAAGGCCAACUUGCUGACAUAGCUUACUCAGAUUUUAGUACCUCCCAAGACAUGGUGGGUGGAUUUAUGAAGAUCGUUCCUUCGGAUGUUGAUAGUGUUGCAGAUUAUUGGCUCUUAUCAGACGCAGAUGUUAGCAUCACGGACAUAUGGAGGGCAGAGUCUGGAGUUCAGUGGAAUGGCUUGGGUUCACUUCAUGAUGACUACGGCAUGGCUAAUGUCAGUACACCUCGGGCCCAAACUCCACCACCCAAUGCAACAGAAGUACCUGCUGCCGCCACUUCUCCGGCAUGAUAAGCAGCAUCAACUCUUUCAGGAAUCAUGGACCAGUUUCACAUGCAAAACAAUGACAUCUUGUCGUUUCCCGGACCUGUUCUGUCAUGGAGAUUGCUGGGUUCAACAGUUGGAGGCGGGAAAUUCCCCUCACCUCAUCCCUCAGAGCGCUGUGGAGAAAUCUGUCCAGUAUAAUAUACCCUGAGGGGACCAGGUUUAUGUACAGAUGAUUAGCAUGCAUAAAUUCAUGUGAUUUUGCAAGCAUGUAAUAAAGCGCGCAUAUGUUAAGCUUAUGCAUGUAUAUCGUUCCAUGUCCUUGUCAUGAUUUAUUUUAGUGUCGGAUCUUUGUACUCCAGCUCUUCUAGAAAUGGGAACCCGUUGCAU